UGCGAGCGGUUGCCUUCCUUUCCGCUUGUGAGCCGGGCGGCCGCGGCUGAGACCUGCUACAGGGGAGCGCCUGGCGCCGCCGCUGACCAUGGAGGAAGAAGCCGGCGCCGAGAAGAAGCCCCUGCUGCCUGCCCGGACAGCAGCCCGCGGCUGCCCGCCCAGGGGAACCUUCGGGGCCGGCGACUGCCCCGAUCCCGCGGCCUCCUGCACCGUGCAGGACGCUGCUGGAGCUGACCAUGAUCUUUACAUAAACCAAGCUGCAGUAUUUAUUGAAGAUGCAAUACAGUAUCGUUCCAUAAACCACCGAGUGGACUCCAAAUCCCUGUGGCUUUAUCGAUGGUAUUAUUCAAAAAUUUGCCAGUGGGUUUUGAGUCUCACCAUUACUCUAAUCUUGGCUCUGGCUUUCAUUGAAACCCCUUCUUCGCUCACUGUCACGUCAGAUAUACGAUAUCGCAGCAGAGCCUGGGAGCCUCCUUGUGGCUUGACUGAAAGUAUAGAGCUGUUUUGUUUCCUCGUCUUUAUAGCUGACGUCUCUGUGAAGAGUUAUUUAAUUGGUUGGGAAGAAUUUCGGAAAACGAAAUGGCUGCUGGCUUAUAUCCUGACACUGGUUGUUUCCCUUAUCGACUGGACUGUGUCACUGAGCUUUUCUUGUACAGAGACUGUGAGAAUAAGACGAAUCCUCCGGCCUUUCUUUCUCCUUCAGAACUCCUCUAUGAUGAAAAAGACAUUAAAAUGCAUCAACAGAACGCUGCCAGAAAUGGCAAGUGUUGUUCUGCUGCUAGCUGUUCACUUGUGUCUCUUUACCAUGUUUGGCAUGCUGCUGUUUGCUCGAUCAAAGGAUAAGCAGCAAGACAAGGAAUGGGUGGGAUAUUUUCACAAUUUGCCAGAUUCACUGACUUCACUGCUGGUGCUGCUGACUACUGCAAAUAACCCUGAUGUGAUGAUUCCUGCAUAUUCUAAGAAUCGAGCCUAUUCUAUCUUCUUCAUACUCUUCACUGUGUUGGGAAACCUGUUUCUGAUGAACUUGCUGACAGCAAUAAUAUACAAUCAGUUUCGAGGGUACCUUCUGAAAUCAGUUCAGUCCUCGCUCUUGAGGAGACGUUUAGGAAUCCGGGCUGCAUUCGAAGUGCUGUGCUCCCCGAAGGAGAGUCCUGUCAGUACAAAUGAAUUGUGUGUCAGUGCUAAUACCUUACUACAAGUGCUUCAAAAAGUUGAAAUGGAUUCUUGCUGCAAGCAAGCCAUCUUGAGGACAGUUCGGUCAUGCCCUCAUGGCAUACUGUCAGCUGCCCUGUUUCAGAAACUCUUUGAUGAACUUGACAAAGAUCCUGUUAAACAGCAUCCUCCCACACCGGAGUACCAGUCUUCUUUUCUGCAGAAAGUGCAGUUUGCUUUUGGCCAUCGCUUCUUUGGCUACUUAGGGAACGUUGUAGCACUAGCAAACAUAAUUUCUAUAUGUGUCAUCUUGGUAAUGGAUGCAGAUAAGCAGCUUUCUGAACGGGAUGACUUCUUCUUGGGGGCUAUAAAUUGUUUUUUUAUCCUGUACUAUCUGCUGGAAAUGCUUCUGAAAAUACUGGCAAUGGGAUUUAAAAGAUACAUAUCGUACCCAAGCAAUAGAUUUGAUGGACUUCUGACUGUAAUUCUGCUGGUUUUGGAGGUCUCAACUUUUGCUGUGUAUGGAUUUCCUCAUCCAGGCUGGAGACCCGAAAUGAUGGGGUUGCUGUCUCUGUGGGAUAUGGUGCGCCUGGUGAAUAUGCUAAUUGUAUUCAGAUUUCUACGGAUUAUUCCUAAUAUGAAGUUCAUGGCCUUGGUUGCCAGUACAUUGCUGGAUCUGGUGAAAAACUUAAGAGCCUUUGCAGGGCUGCUGGUGGUGGUUUACUAUGUGUUUGCUAUAACUGGCAUAGUGCUAUUUAAAGGUGCUGUUGUUCCUAUGGGAAAUAUCAGUGUUGUCAAUACAACAUCUGGUAACAGGACUUUGCAGUGUGGGACCUAUGAGCAGUUGGAGUAUUGGCCAAACAACUUUGAUGACUUCGCUGCUACAGUAGUAACUCUCUGGGAUGUCAUGGUGGUGAACAAUUGGCAAGUUUUCCUGGAUGCAUUUUCAAGAUAUUCAAGUCCGUGGUCAAAAGUCUAUUUUGUAGCCUGGUGGCUAAUUUCCUCUGUCAUCUGGGUCAAUUUGUUCAUAGCCUUACUUCUGGAGAACUUUAUUCACAAGUGGGACCGUCACUCCCAUCGGCAGUCUCUCUCAGAAAUUGAAUACCAGACAACGGUGGAAUUAAUGUUCAGGGAUGUUUUGGAAGAACCUACAGAGGAAGAGCUGAUGGAAAAACUGCACCAGCAUCCACACCUGCAACUGUGUAGAUGACAGAUUGGUGGGAGGACCAAUUUAUUCACGCCUUUUUUGCAAUAAUGUUGUCAGCUGGAGGACUGAUAUUGCCGUGAAAUGAAAUAGAUUUUCUAUAAAGUGCUAUUAACCUGAAACCUUACAGGAAAGCAUGUAGCAUUUUAGUUGCCAUUUUAGUUUGACUCUUGAACUACACCUACAAUGCAGAGAACUCUGCAGGGAGAACUUUUUAAAUUUUUUUUUUUAAUCAGCUCCUUUUUUAAAAAAAAUUUAAAUUCUUCUAAUUUGAUUUGAAUUUAGAGUCAUUUGAUGAGGACAUGCAGCUGUUAUUUUUAUUAAGUGUCAGGACAAGGAGUUGUAGACUAUUUUAUUUUGAUUUUUUUUUAAGAAGGAAGAGAGUAUUAACAUGACAGUGCACUUUAAUGCAAACACUUAUAACCACUAUGCUUGCUGCUUUUUUGCACCAUAAAUAAUGAAACUGCUAUUCUGGCAUUCAGUGUGUGCCAAGGACAGUGCCUUGAAAUUCUUAACUGAAUUAGGCAGUUAUGCUCUAGAUUCUCAGCCUUUUUGUAAUAAGGGAAAUUGAAACACUAUUUUUAUUGAAAUAUGAUGCCAGCAUUCUUUGGUUUACUAAAUGUUCAUAAUUAUACAAUCCUGUUCAAAAGUUCAGGUCGAAGGUGGAGAUAGUCUGUAUCAAUUUCCUUUUUUUCACCAUUGUUAAGGGUUGUGCCCAUGUUGUGGUUGCAUUAUAUUGAUAACAUCAAGAUCAGUAUAAUUUUGGAUGGAACAAUCAUGGCCUUGGUUUACAAUCUGGAAUAAUUAAGCUCUACUUUGGAGAAAACAUCCUCAUGUUGCUUUGAAAAUGAGCUCUUCCUUUUUGCAUUCUGACAAGUCUUGUUUUCCCUGGGUUCAUACUUAGCCAGAGUUUGUUUUCCUCUGCAAGAAUUUUAGUGGAAACCCUGUGUAAAAUAUAGUCAUGUAUCCAUCUUGGGUGGAUGAGGAGCAGGCAAUCAUGUUCAGGCUUCCCCUUAUAAACUAUACCUGUAUAUAAAAAUCAAUUUAUUAAUUCAGGGGAGUGGUACCAAAAUCCAUUGGGGGUCAUCUUACCGUUUUUUGUUUUUUUUUAGCUGGAUAGUACCAAUCCUGCAAGGUGGUGGGCCCCCCUCAGUUCUCACUGUAGUCCAUGGAAGCUUUUGUGUGCUUAGUAUCAUGCAAGAUCAUAUCCUUUGUGCUCUUUCCAUUUAUCAUGGUCACAUACAAUACCACUAGCUUUGGUCACCCAUCUAGCCUUUGGUGAUCCAUCUAGCUAUUGGGUAAAUAACUUUUUGAUAAUACAUACAUACAUCCUAAAAUAUGUCGUAAGUGGUAACGAUAUGUCCCGUUUAUAUCGUAGUAUCCCUCCUAACAAGGCAUUUCACCUUGACUAUUCAAGUCAGGUAACCAUUGAAUUACCCAAUGCAUUUGUGAUUGAUCCUAUAAAUAACAUUUGUUAACAGUUCUCAAGUCCCUUACUUGAGAUAUUUGCAACUAAAAUAGACAAAUCAACUUCAACUACACGGUUGUGACCAAGCCUGCAGUGACAAGGGCAUGGAUCAGGUGACUAGAUACAGUAAGUCGCUUCUGUUUCUAAUUUCUCUGAUCCAUUUAGUCACCAAAGGAUUUUAAGUGCCUCUGCAGUUGUCAUCCCUGUUUUUCCUUUCCCAGCCAUUCCCUUUCCCAAAUUAGUCAUCUUCCUUUCCUAUUUUCUCUCUAAUGCUGGUAGCUGAAGCAAAUUUUGGCUGGGAUUAUGGGGCAUUUGAUCUCAAUAGCACAUUUCUGCACUAUCCAUUUUCCAGCAGUGUCUAGAACAUGCUUUGGGAACAUAGGGUUUCCUCACCCACUGUGUAGUUGUACUUAUGAAACAAAUACGAGUUGAACUUUAAGUCACUCAGGAAAUCAUUAUUUGCCUGCGGGUCACCUGUUAAGCCAUCCUCCCAUGCAAUCACCCCUGCGUUUUCUACUAGCCCACUUCUUAAUUCACUCACUCUGCGGCAUCAGAAGCUUUCUUUUAUUUUCACGCAGCCUCAGCCUACUGUCUGUCCCCAUUUCUAGCCUCCCUUCCUUUCUAUUUCCAGCUCCAUCCUACCAUGGGGUGUCCUUUCUGUGAUGUACUAGCUGUUUUCCCCAGUUCUGGUUAAAUGUUUAUUGUAUCAUAGAUGUCAGAGAUUGGGGAAGAAAGGCCUAUUAGGUCAUCUAGUCCUUGGAAUCAACACAGGAUUGUUCCCUAUUUUCUAGCUUUUUUUCCCAGUACAGUUUGGCAACAAGACACUCGCACAGUUGAAUAGGUUAUCCCCUAUCUGAUGCAUCUCAUCAGUAGGAAGUUGGCCUAAUUUUUUCUUAGUUUAGUGUAAACCCGUUACUCCUGGUUGUUACUCUUUAACCACAUUAAACAGUUCCUUUCUCUCCUUGGUGUUUCUAGCCUCUGUAUACUUGGUGAAUUAGGUAUGUCCACCCUGUCAAGUGGGGCUGUCAGUUCCUGUAUGCCUGGGACGCUCACCUUUCUAUUUUGGCUCUUCUUCUUUUAUUUGGCCAUUAUGUUCCAUUGUCUACCAAAGUAGCAUAACUUGAUAUUCAUAUAAUCUUCAUAACUCAUUUCUCCUGUAUGCAAUCCGUGCACGUGGACAGAUGUGCAGAGAACAGUCUAUUUUAGUGCUUGUUUGUUUGUUGUUUCUAUAUUGGAUUGGGAAUGUAAUGCAGAACUACAUACUGGAAAUAGCGUGUCUAAUAUAAAUUGUACUGUAAGAGGUAAAUGACUGUGAUAUAACUCAUGCUUUAAAUGCACAGAGACACGAACAGGAGUGUAUGUAACUAUGAAUAAGAAUAAAUCAGAGAGGUUAAUUGAUAAAAAUGUCCCUUUUAUUCCUUUCUUCCAUUCACGUGUUCUAAAUGUUGAAGGACCUCAUAUGUAGUUUGAUCAUCUGAAGUGCUGAGCUCUUCCCAUGACAUGUUGAGCACCUUCCACUCCCAUUGAUUUCAGUAAGAGUUGAGUGCCCGGCAUUUCUUUGGCUCAAAUCUACAUAGAAUUACUAUGUAUGCUGUGUUGCAUAAUCUGGACAUAGGCUUGUUGAGGGUGGGUAGAUGAGAGACAGACCGACAGGCACACACACCUGGAAGAAAUGACCAUUUGAAAGCUUUGGAAAAAUGUAUUAAAACCAUAGUUUGGAUUCUCAUAUGUAGAUAGAAAACCAAAUUUGUUGCUGUAUCGUCAGUGGAUCUUUUUUCUUCUGGUUUGCUUUCAAAGCUGUUCUGUGGAAAUGGCAAAAAAAAAAAAUAAAAAAUCGUCAACUCCAUUUUAACAAAUCCAUGACCCAGGGAGAACUUUUCAGUGUGAUUACUUUGCUUACUGUUGCCAUCCAAAACUUUUUAGUGACAGCAGGAUUGUACCUUAGAUCUUCCCGUUUCAAAAUCACUAGCCUCCCCCAACCCCUUCAGCUAAAGGAGAAGUGUAUAUACAGCUAUUGCAGUAUCAGAGUUUAAGGGACCAAAGCUGAGGAGUUCUGACUCUAUUCAGUAGGAGACAGUACAAGCACACUGCUCUAUGGAGAAAUGUAUAGAAGAGAUUCUGUUCAGAGCUGCAAAUGAGACAGGUGGUAUAAUCCCAUUACUAUGCACGUGUUACAAUGCAUAGAGAACAGCCUACCGUUAGCAGGUAAAGUAUAAGAGCUUGAUUGAGAUGGGGGAAAUGUUUCUCUACAUUUUUAUUAAUAUCUGUACUGUGUUGCUGUGUGUAAAUCUUUUCAGCUGCACAGUUUGCUGCUUUUGGCAAGCAUUUAUUUUCUAGGUUUUUGGAGCAAUAGAAAAAAUGAUUCCCAGUAUUCAUUAGUUAUCCCCAAACUGCAAGGUCACGUUGGCUUAAACACUUAAGUAUGUGCUAUCUUUUAUCCUGUGUAAGUUACAGGGUUUAUCUUUUCACUUGCUGGUAGACCACAUGUGCUGGCAGCUGUGCAUACUGUUAUGGUUUUAGAAGCUGAUACCACUGCUUAAUGUUCCUUUAUCUAAAUAGAGCAGAGGUUUUCAAACUGUGGAGCAUACCUUGUGAGGGGGUGUGGAAGAAUGUUUUGGGGGGGCAAGUAGAGCAGGACCUGGGCCACGCCCUGUGGGGGAGGGAGUACCACCUCCACCCCGACUCACCUCAGCAGGCCGCUCAGCCUGUGGGUCAGUGGCAACUUCCGUCACGGCUGCUGAUUUCCACUUCCGGCAACCUUUGCACCCAGCACUGACUCCACCCCCAGAAACAGUCACACAGGCCUUCCCGAACCCUGAAAACACGAGGUGGCAGGGGCAAAGGCACACAAUUGCCCUACCCUAGCAGUGCAGUCUGGCUGCAAGGUAAAAGUUGCCCAACUGCUGAGAGAGCCACUGGUAACUAUCUGUGUAUUUGAAACUUGCAGGUGUAGAUAAUUUAAUUAAAGCUGUGCUAAGAUCUCUGUUAGGUUUAUGAGUAGGCCAUCAAGCAUACCUUUGCAUGUGUCUGUUUUGUCUGCAUUGGGAGAAGACAACCAAAAAUUUAAACUCAAAGUGGGGCUCAGUUCAAAAAGUUUGAAAACUGCUGAAAUAGAGACUUUCAGUAUUCCACCUGCCUCACCUGCAUCUUUACUUUUUAUGAAAACCAACUGACCAAAAUAAAAAUAGAAUGUGUCAAUCUGCUGUUCUACUUUUCAUAGGGUUUUACCAUCUUAACUUGAUUGUAUAUGGGCCCAAUUCAAAGCCUGGUGAAAUUGGUGAGGGGCGUUCCCAUUGCUUUAAAGGCCAUUGGCUCAGGUCCUAUAUCGGCACUCCUGGGCAAACACUUUCAAGCUUUCAAUGUGAACCUGUAAACUCUGAGGAGGAGGAUUUGGGGUGUAUGUGAACGAGACGGUGUGUGUGUGUGUGUGUGGAUGGAGGGGGAGUAGAUGGGGCUUUGUGCAUAUUUCCACUCUGAGCAUCUUAAUUCAACAUUUCAUUUUCCUGGUUAUUUCUGAACUAAAUCCUAACUGGUAUAAACAAAUAAGCAUUAAUUGGUAAGUCAUUUACUUUUGUUUCUCUCUCAUAUUUCACAAAGUUACACACAAACGUUUGGUCAUUUUCUCACAUCCUUCCUUAAUCCUGUUGUGUAUAGUUGGCUUAUUCUGCAAAUUUGUUAUGAAUAGUUUUUCUGUUUUGUCUUCUCCCCUGACCCAGUCUCCCAAUUGUUCGUUGGCUCGCCAAUUUAUUUAUGUUUGUUUUUUCUAAGAUGAAAUGUGCAUAUUUGUACACAGUGAAAUCCUGCAAAAAUCAAAAGGGAUUUGAUAAUGAUAACCAAAUUAAGACUUAGGAUAAAACUUUGUUUCCUAAACCAGAAAUGAGAACUAAACACUUAGGAACCUGAGACACUCCUGAAAAUUAGUCACAUACGCAUUUUUUUAAAUUUUACCCUUAAA